AACUACUUCACAUAUCCAUACUUUGUUAGACCCCUACUUCUCUAAUACGAACCAUAACUUUCGGGAAGCGUUUAUCUACCACAAAUAUCAACUAUAAACGAAGAAGAACCGUUCCUAGUACGAACAUCAUAUUAUAUUUAAAACAGAAAAAUUCCAAGCUAUGAAACCCGAGGGAAGAUCGUCGCCCUCUACCCUCAUCUUCAGAAUCCGUGUCCUUGACGCCGUCAUCGAAGUUCCCAUCAAACACGAUACAGCAGAGGGAUCCGGAAUAGAAGACGCGAAAGAAUUGGAUCUAUUCCACAAACCCGACCACUCUGCAUCCGUAUCAUCAUCAUCAAAUAACGACGAUGGAAAUAAUAGUCCCACACAUACCACAUCCAUCGACGACCACACUGUCUCGCCAUUACCACGCACCAGCCGCUCCCAAGACGACUUCCUGGCUCUCCUCACGCUACUGCCCGUGGAGCGGUAUCUCCCAUCGCCAUCUUCGUCCACAUUCUCCUUUUGUUCAGCCCACUACUUCGAUCACGACGAAGGAGAUGCAGGGAAGGGAAAGAACAAUUCUAGUGACAGUAGGAGUAACAGUGAAGAGGACACUAGCAAGGUAACACUGGGAAGCCAUGAGCUACUUACAACAGAGACAGCGCAGUCAUGAACGUUAUGUAGAGUCUAAGGGAUGCGAGCGGAUAUAAUAGUACCAUCGUAUCUUCAAUUACCAGAAUAAGAUAGGGACAUUUUCCGUGGACAAUGACUAUGUGAAGCUCUUUAAGUAAAGUGAUGACAAGGCGCAGAGUCCAAUAUUCCGCAAAUUCUACAACGAGAACACUUGGGCUAAGGAAAAGGGGCCGAAAUACCGGCCUGAUUAAGAAUUCUAACACCUUACGACGUGAUGAAAUAGACGAGUGUAAGUUGAUAGGCGGUCACUAAAUAGUAAAUAUUCACAAUAUUUAAAUAUCGGUAUAGAGGUACGACAAAUUGGUAUCUUUAUUUUUGUCCCUUUGGACGUAUUGCCGUGUUGAAUAAAUGCAAUGCGGAUGUUUAAGGUAUUUUAUCCGCCUUUACCAGACCGGUGACCCCAUAGAUGCCACUUUAUCUGUGCCUUUGCCCAAACCAGGUAUGUUGAAACCGUACGCCAUGCUGCCAUGCCCAAAAUUUUCAUGACAUUUUCCGAUGAGGGAAUCCUAUGUCUUCUAGAUAACACACCCAA